CAACGACCUGGGCGGAGUGAUUUAGUGAGGACUACACCCAAGCGCCUGUCCGAAUGCAGCGGCUUCUCUUCGUUUCCUAGACCAGAAGAAAGCCGGGACGUGACGGAGCCGGGGGGGUUCUGCUUGCUGGAGGCCCGUUAAACCAACGAUAAAUACAGCUUCUUCACUGCUUCUUUGUCGCCCAAGAGACGUUUGUGACCUAUCUUGACUCUUCGUAUUUCUUCGUCUUAGAACUAAUUUCACAAACAUGUCCUGGCAAAGCUACGUGGACAACCUGAUGGCUGAUGGCAGCUGCCAGGACGCGGCCAUUGUUGGGUACACGGACGCCAAAUACGUCUGGGCAUCUUUUGUCGGCGGUACCUUUGCCAACAUAACGCCUGACGAAAUUGACGUGUUAAUAGGGAAGGACCGCGAGGCAUUCUUCACCAGUGGGAUGACCUUAGGCAAUAAAAAGUGCUCCGUAAUCAGAGACAGCCUCCUUCUUGACGGUGACUGGACAAUGGACAUCCGGACAAAGAGUCAAGGAGGAGAGCCAACAUACAACGUUUCUGUAGGCAGAGCUGGCAAAGCAUUGGUUUUUGUCAUGGGGAAGGAAGGUGUCCAUGGAGGGCAGCUCAACAAGAAAGCAUUUGUUAUGGCUGAGUACCUGAGGAAGGCCGGAUACUAAAGCAGCCUGUACCCCGCCACCUAGCAGCUCACCCUUGCCACCCUGUUGCAUUUCACUUCUUCCAGUCCUAGUUGGUAGUUACUUUUGUUUUUGUUUUUCUGCCUUCUCUCCUACCUAUUUGUUAUCCCAUAUUUUGUUAUCUUCUUCCCUCUCCCCUUAACACACUUGUGCUGUGUACUCUUACCCCCUUAAGCACUAUAAGUUGAUCCAUAGCAAAGAUGAGCAUGUUGCUAACGGGAUGUCAUGACAAAUCUGUACUUAACCAAGACCAGCAAAAAUCUGGCCAAACACUCGGACAAUGAAUGCUAUAUCGUCAAUUUGAAGUAGGUAAUUGUUUUUAUUUCUCUGUCAUGGUGCCCAUUACUUAAUCCCUCCCAAACCCGAUCAUAUACACCCUCCCCGAGCAGCCGAUGCCUUUUGGAGCACUUGAGCGGUAACCAAGCUCGUCAUGUCUUCCGGUUUAAUUUCCUCCCAUGUCCGGGACGGGAGACUGCAUGCAUAUGACGGUCCACUGUCGUGUCCACUCUGUAUCACCACCACCCCCCCCCCCCACCCCCCGCCAAAAAUGUGAGUUCCUCCAUCUUUUCCCUGUUUCCCCAUCCUGUUUGCUCAAAGCAGGCAACACUACAAACCUCACAGGAGACUCGUCUUGAUCAAACGCUACACACCAACCAACAAGUCUCCUAACCCCACUCCUUCCAGAUCUACGGCGCUGUCCUGAAUGCAUUUUUAUAACAGGGGGGAAAGUGUGUGGGGGGGUGCUCGGAUCGGCUCAGUUGACGAUCGUGAGCCGGCUUUGAGAGCGUUUUUUGACGUCCAGAUGCUGGUAGCCUCUCCUCCCGGCAACACAACCUCCCAGACUACACGAAAAAGCCCAUGGACAUUCCACAGUAACAAUGGCUCAGGCACUUAAUACUGUUUUUUGUUUGCCAGCUCCUGUAAUAUAUUUUCUUUGUUUCUUUUGAAAGGCUGCCAUUUUUGGACAGUAGAUAUCCCAGCAUACAACCAUCUGGAACAUGUCCAGUUUGAAUUUUUCCUUUUCUUUUUAUAGGACCAAGUGUAGUCGAAUCUCGAGUGUUUAUACAAUUGCUCUAAAUCAUGUGAAGGAUGACUGCUUACUUUUUUUGAUUGACUUAAACACUAACCAGACAAUAAUACUUACCAUGUUUAAAAACAAUGUAUGGCGCUACAGGGGAGGUGAGGGUGGGAGUCUUAUCUGAAGAAAAUUCUCACUUCAUUGUUUUUUUUUCUCUUUUUUUUUUUGUUUAGAAAACAAACCACUGAAUUCGUACAAACCCAUGCUGUGUUGACAACUACAAAACUGUGGAAUAAAUUGCCUUUUACUCUUGUCAGCUGAGCUCUGGGGUAUCACACGGUCUGUCCACGCGCAGUACUGAUAACUGUAACGUCCAACUGACAAAAAAACAACUUUUAAAGUAGAAAUGACACUUGAUGGGAUUGAUUGGAACAAAGACUCUUAUGGUUGUCUUGUUGAAACUUAACUGCAGAACCUGUGUAUCCUGUGCCAUAAUAUAGAGAUCUGUUGCUGUUGUAGGAUGGAUUUUACCCACUGUCCACUAAAGAGUCAUUUCAUUGGCACUUUUUCAUUAUUUUUUGCUUCAGCUCUACUGUUUAGGCCUUCGAAAUAUGUGUACUCAUGACAACAAAACAACUGUUAUGUCCAGUUUGCUGGUUUAUGUUCAUUUCCUUUUUUUCCUCACCACUUUUUUUUUUUUCUUACAUCUGGGAUAGUCUCUUUAAUGCAUCUGAUUUCAUAUGCAUAAAACCAAGAAAUGCCAUAAAUUGAUUUAUCACCUUGUUUACAGACAGAUCAAAUAAAUUUAUUCCAACCAGAUAAA